AUGUCUUAUUACAUGUCUCUCCACCUUCCACCUUUCCACCUUUUCACCCCCUUUUUUGUCUGCCCCUCCGGGAUUCUUUCAAUUUUCUCAUUUUUCUCAUUUACUUUCUGUCUCAGCAUGAAGCAUGAGGCAGGACGCAGGACACAGGACACAGGACGCAAGAUGCAGGACUUCAAGCGGGGAAAAACACAUCAUACAAUGAUACAACGCAUUUAUUAAGAAAGGUAGCCCUCCUCGAGGUGGGGAAGGAGAGGAUUCACUCAACUCACCUUUGGUGUACAGGUGUGUGUAUAGGUAUAGCUAUAGAUGAUAGCAAUAUGGUGUUGAGCAGUCCACAGUGUAUAUCGCUAUAACCUUGGAUAGUCUACAGUCCACAGACAGACACAGACGCAGAUCCAGAAUGGUAUAAAACAGACACAAAAAUAAAAGAUACAUGACAUGAACAGAAUGGCAUAUAUAUAUGGUAUUGAAAAGGGACAAGAAAUCUAGUGCCGACGUAGGACAGAAGACGUAGGACAGAAGGCAGAGAACAGAGACAGUGUCUCGUUUUAUACCACACCAGACGAGUUUCCGUCCAGACAUCCAGAAGGCGUUUAGGGGGAGGGGGAGGACGAAACAAAUGGGGACGAAAUGAUCGAAAUGGCUGGUAGCUACAAAAGGGGAAAAGAGAAAUUUAUAUGGAAGACGUGG